AUGAGACUUAUUUUCUAUACAAAUGUUCACUUAACAGUUAGUUUAGACUUAGCAAUGAAAGCCGUUCUAACUUUUCAAGUAUUGUCACUUGUAAUUUUAUCAGCAUUUUACCAGGAAGAAGUGUCAUGCCAAUCAUUAUACCCGGCAUAUGGCGGUGCGCCAAUUGUAUACGACAACUCUGAAGACGAUGAUAUCGGUCUCCUUCUAACAGUUCUACUUUUGGCAAGUAAAAACAGAAAUGGCAACUGUAAAUAUUGCAACUGUUGUAACUGUGGGAAUACGAAGAGCAUACCCGUUCCUUAUCCCAUACCAUUUCCAACCAACAAUCCAAUUAUAAGUAAAUAUUACCCAAAUAAUGACGACGAUGAUACUGACGACGAGGAUGAUGAUAAUAAUAGUAACAAUGGUAGUAAUGGUAAUAAUGGAAAUAACGGAAAUAACGGGAACAACGGAAAUAACGGGAACAACGGAAAUAACGGGAACAACGGAAGUAACGGAAAUAAUGGAAAUAAUAAUAGUUAUUAUGUAAACAUGGGUAAAAACGGUAAAAAUGAUAACAAUGGUAAUAAUAAUGAUAUCGAUUACAAAGACAGUUGGUCUUCAGCAAAUGUUAAGCCUAGUUCCGAAUAUUACAAGAAUUAUUCGGUUAAGUUUGUGCCUGAACCGAUUCCAUCGUCAAAGGACUACACUAAUUAUUAAUGUUGUUUGAAUUUCUAUAUUAAAGUUAUAUUUAUUUUUAA